AUGCCACUAAUAGCCGGCCAAAGAUAUCUUACAUCCACGGCAGUGUUCAUGAAUGAAGUUAUCAAGCUAACUGUAUGCCUCACCUUUGCCCUCUACGAUAUAUCACGCACCAUUUCGCCUUCCCUGCCUGCCACCAGCCUGUUCAGCGGCGUAACAAGCGCAGUUUUCACAGGAGACAGUUGGAAGCUGGCAGUUCCUGCUAGCCUUUAUGUUCUACAGAAUUCCUUGCAGUACAUAGCGAUAUCAAAUCUGGACUCUGCAACCUUCCAGGUCACGUACCAAUUCAAGAUUCUCCCAACCGCGAUAUUCAGCGUCUUAUUGCUGAAGCGAACUCUGUUCCCACGGCAAUGGUUGGCUCUCGCACUCCUGAUGGUGGGCGUCGCCAUCGUGCAGAUACCCGCAAGUGACCCUGCAUUGGCGCCGUUCGAGGCUCCGCGAUCCAGAUUUUAUUUCUCUAGGUCUUUGCACAGUUGGAGGCACAUUGGAGGCUCGGCGGCAGCUCCUUUGCACAAACGAUCCGCAACUUAUGAGGGCAUACAGGAAGAUGAAGGACUGAUCAAUCCGCAAAUGAACGCGAUACUUGGACUUGCGGCUGCAAUUUCAGGCUGUAUUGUUUCUGCUGGGGCUUCUGUUUACUUUGAGAAGAUCCUGAAAGAUUCAAACACGCCAGCUUCUCUGUGGAUUCGGAACGUGCAGUUAGCAUUUUACUCGCUAUUCCCAGCUCUAUUCAUUGGAGUGAUGUUCGUGGACGGAGAGGAGAUCGCCCAUCAUGGCUUUUUCGUUGGCUAUAAUUGGUUCGUAUGGAUCACCAUCGCCUUUCAGUCAUUGGGAGGCAUCUUGGUCUCGCUUUGUGUCAAAUACGCGGAUAACAUCGCCAAGAGCUUUGCAAUGAGCAUCAGCAUCUUGAUCAGCUUGUGUGCCAGCGUUUGGUUCUUUGAAUUCGCUGUCACUGCAAAUUUCCUCAUUGGCACCUCCAUAGUCGUAUUUGCAACCUACUUAUAUAAUAGCGUCUACGAGCGAGCGCCACCUCCACCUCCGAUACAAAUACACAGCUACGAGAAAACAACCAUCGAUGAGCAAAAGUCAAGAGAGAAUGAACCACCGCUCAGGUUGCCCACAACUCCAUUGAAAAGCAGCGAGGGGUUGUCGUCGUCACGGCCCGGUUCGCCUUUGGGUCACCAUUCGAGAGUCGGAUCUGCAAGAGCGUAUUUCGGCGCCAAAGAUCGAGAUGAAUAG